AUGAAAAUCCCAUCUGAUCUCGUGUUUGACAAGAACUCUGGUGACUUAGUUGGGUUUAUGGAUCUAGGAGAUCCCAUGACAAAUUUUGCUUGUCUUGAUGAGAAAGAUACCAUUGCCACCCAUGCUUUGGCAUUUCUUGUUAGGGGUUUAUGCACUGAUGUAAAACACAUCAUUGCAUAUUUCUUUACAGGAAAUGUCACUUCAUACCAAUUAAUGCCAAUUUUUUGGAAAGUGGUUUCCAUCUUAGAACUGUCUUUGGAUCUUUGGGUGGUUGGUCUUGUCAAUGAUGGUGCCUCGCCUAACAGAAAGUUAUUCAACCUCCAUGAUAAGUUGGCUGUUGAUCAGAAGUGUGAUGUUGUAUAUAAGACAAUAAAUGUUUUUGCACCAUCACGCUUCAUCUUUUUCUUUGCAGAUAUACCACAUUUAAUGAAGACAGCACGGAACUGUCUGUACAACUCUGGCUCAGGUUCACACAGUCGUUUAAUGUGGAAUGAUGGCCAAUAUCUGUUGUUUAGACACAUAGCAGAUAUUUUUUAUCGGGAUCAAGCAGUUGUCCUGCAUGUGCUUCUGAAAUUAACCUUGGAACACAUUGUUCUAACAUCUUUUAGCAAGAUGAAAGUGAAACUGGCAACUCAAGUACUCAGUCGGUCAGUUGCUCUAGCGUUGGAGGAAAGUGGAAACAGCGAGGUUUUGGGAACUGCUGAAUUCUGUAGGAUGAUGAAUGACUUUUUCGAUUGCACCAAUGUGAGAUCACUUUGCGAGCAUGAGAGAAAGAGGAACGACCUUAUCAAACCCUAUACAGCUGUUGAUGAUGAUCGGUUUGAUUGGUUACAUGAUGUUUUCCUAAAGUACCUGGAGAAUUGGAAGAGGUCCACUCUUGAAAGAGCUGGUCAAUAUUCGGCAGAUGAUAGAGGAAAAAUGUUUCUUUCCUCUCAAACCCAUGAAGGUCUUCAGAUUGCUGUACACUCCUGUGUUGAGGCUAUCCAGUUCCUGCUUCAGCAAGGGUUUCAGUACGUUCUAAGUGAACGAUUCAUGCAAAAUGUGCUGGAGGAUUACUUUGGCCAUCAGCGUGCUAAAGGAGGAAGAGCUGAUGACCCAAGUGCAUAUGAAUUCGGUUACAAUGACUUGACAAUUGCAGCACAGCGAGACAUUGCCCCGGUCGUAAGAGGAAAUGUAGGUGGCCGAUACAAGAAAAAGAAAUGGUACACUGUAAGUGAUGAGCCAGUGGAAAAGAGGAAAAAAAAUAAAUGA